AUGGCCUUCGUGCAAGCUCAACUCUCCAAUCCAGCAAUCCCAGCCAAAGACCGCCAAAAAGCCCUCGACAGAGCCUUUGCUGACCCAAGUCUCCCAUCAGCGAACACGACCUCAUCUUUUUGGUUGCGCUCUCCACACCCUCACCUGGCAAAAGCCCAGUCCGCGACGCUGCCAUCAGAAGCGGACGUCGUGAUCAUUGGCUCUGGAGUAACCGGCACUUCCAUCGCAAGGACACUUCUCAAAUCCCGAAAGGCGGAGAAGAGCCAGAUUGACAGCAAUAGACCGGCUGUGGUCAUCCUUGAAGCGCGCGACGUUUGCAGUGGCGCGACCGGUCGAAAUGGCGGACAUAUUCUCGAGACGGCGGAGGAAUUCGCCGAUCUUGAGGAUAUGCACGGCACUGACGCAGCGAAGAAGAUCAUGAAAUUUCGCUUGGCACAUCUACGCGAGAUGCUUGAUACUGCGGAGGAGUAUGGACUUACCGGGCACUGUCAAGCGCGAAGGGUACAAUUUCUAAGCGUUUAUUUCGACGAGGAUGGGUGGGAAGAUGCCCGAGAGCGGGUACGCCGGCUGAAGGCGGGUUUGCCCGACGAGACGAAGGAAUGGAAGAUGUAUGAAAGAGAGGAGAUCCCAGAAGAUUUCUGUCUUCCUCGUGCGCUAGGGAUCGUUGCUGGCCCGGGAGGGGCCAUUUGGCCCUACAGAUUUGUCACUGGUGUCUUGGGCCAAUUGAAGGCAGAGUUCCCGCAAGAUCUGCUGAUUGAGACGAAUACGCCUGUGACUGGUAUCGAGGAGGACAUGAGUGAGAAAAGUGAUUCGCGUCUGCGAUACCUGGUAUCUACAUCCAGGGGUGUUAUUCGCACUCGUCAUGUCGUUCAUUCUACAAAUGCUCAUGUUGGCCACCUCGUACCUGGUUUGAGAGGUCGCAUUUAUCCUAUACGUGGACAGAUGUCGGCGCAACACCCGGGACAGAAAUUCCGGUGUCAGGGAGAGGAGCACUCCUGGAUCUUUAAUUACGAUCGUGGGUUCGACUACCUCACGCAGUUGCCGCAAUCAGAGGCCGGACAGAUGAUGAUGUUCGGUGGAGGUUUUGCUCAGGGAGGGGGAGGUGGAAUUGCCGAUAUGGGCGUCGCAACAGACUCAGACAUCAGUCUGUAUGCUGAUAUUCAUCUAUCGGGUGCGCUAAGUGCGGUGUUUGGCCGUAACAAUUGGGGCAAUGUUGCCCGACAGAGCGUGGAGCAGAUGUGGACCGGAAAUAUGGGAUUUAGUGCAGAUGGACUUCCCUGGGUAGGACGGCUUCCUGUUUCGGCAACCCAGCGUGGACUCCAUAAUGAAGGACAGGGUGCUGAAUGGGUAUCCGCUGCUUUUUCAGGGGAGGGAAUGGUGCUGGCAUGGUUGUGUGGCAAAGCAUUGGCGACGACGUUGCUGAUCCAUGAUGAUAAACUGCUCGAGACUGAGUCUACGGAUCUUUCGUGGUUUCCAGAGCAAAUGCUGGUGACGGAAGAUAGGGUCAAGAAGGCUGUUUUGAUGCGCCAUGUGCAAGAGCGCUCAUACUUGUAA